AUGGACGAUGCUAGUGACACCUUCGCCCCACCACCGGGACCGCCACCAGGCUAUGAUUCCGGCCAGCAGCAGUAUAAUGCGCCGCCUGGUCCACCGCCAUCUCAUGAGAACGUAAAGAUGAAGGAACAAGAUGUCGAGCCACCAGAAUAUGAUCCAUGGCACGGCGGACCUGAUGACACACUCCGUUUACCACCCUCGUUCGAUAGCAUCAAUCCCAAGAAUAUGAGAAGCCCGACGGCUAACGCCUCGGCUGACGACGCAAAGCGUGCGCACGCGUGGUGCGCCCAUGUACCUCUCUUCCAUUCUACUCACCAUUCGCCCCAGCAUCUCGAGCGUAUCCGGCAUGGCGACCUCAGUCUGACCCUUCCACCCGAGACGUCGGAUAUUACGAACUAUCAGCCUGCAAUGGGAAAGACUUAUAUCCGCACGUUCAGAUCUGUUAAUGACACCAUACUCCUGUCCGAUCUGCCGGUCUUCGCGUCUCAACACCAUUCGCCUAUGGUAACCGGCCGACCCGAAACGAUCUAUUUUGAACUACAUGUCAUCAGCGUUGGAGACCGCUACAACCAGAAUCCGCACAACGUGGAAGUUGAUUCUGGCAUUGCCAUUGGCUUUGUAGCUCCACCUUAUCCUGCUUGGCGUCUCCCAGGCUGGCAUCGCGCUUCUCUGGGAGUGCAUGGUGACGACGGCCGACGCUACGUUGACAACAGCGAUGGCGGCUUCGAUUUUACACGGGCCUUUCAGAAGGGCGAUGUUGUGGGCAUCGGCAUGAACUUCAAGCCACCCGUCCACGGCGAUACCGUCAGCAUGCGUGCGGACGUCUUCUUCACACGCAACGGACAGCGUGACGGCGGAUGGGAUUUACAUGAAGAGCGCGAUCGUGAAUUCGAUGCAGGAAACAUCACCGGCCUUGAAGGUGAACAUGAUUUAUUGGCGGCCGUAGGAAUUUUUGGCCAGGUUGAAUUCGAGGUCGCAUUCCGACGUGAAGAGUGGAAGUACAAACCUUAA